AAAAGUUAGGUCAUUUUUAUAACACAUUUGCAUGUUCUGAGCGUUGAGGAGCGGUCGUAGCUAAGUUUGGAAGGAUUUGGAGAUUUUUCACCAUAGAGAGUGGUACCACUAUCUGAAGGUGGCAGAGAGACACGCUGGCAAUACGCUUACAGGAAACAUUUUUGCCAUUUUCAGCUAAAAGACAAAAAUAAAGCACAUAAAACUAAAAUUACAUAAUUGUUUUGAGUAAUUUGAGAAUAAAAAAGUUCAAUCUUCAAUGGAGAUGGAGAAGAAGAAGAAGAAGAAAAUGACUGGCUACAACUUUAAACAAUUGUUUAAACAACAAGCAAAACAAAGAUCAAACUUCUCAGGAAGUGCUGUCAAAAGGGUGGCUCAAGAGGAAGACCACCAUGCACACAGGGUGGUAGUGCAAAGAGGGAAACAAAUCUCAGAAAAUGCUGUCAAAAGGGUGGCUCAAGAGGAAGACCACCAUGAACAAGUAGCCAUAAAAGAUGCAAACAGGGUGAAAGCGCGAAGAGAGAAACAAACCUCAGAAAAUCGCUGUUCAGAAAGUGCUGCUAAAAGGGUGGCUCAAGAGCAAGAUCACCAUGAAGAUGUAACUAUAAAAGAUGCACACAGGUACACCUUGAAAUCCAAGUUCAUUGAAUACUGGGUUCCUGUCAAACUCUCGAAUGAACAAAUUGAGCAAUAUUGCCUUUGCCUCGUUUCAAAUUCAGCAUGGCUUCGCUCAUGUUUGAAGAAUGAUAUGCCAAGCUCCCCCCAUGAUAUACUUGUAUCUACCAGGAAGUCUUGUGAUCACCCGUACCUCGAAGAUGAUGGUUCUCUUCAUGACAUAGUUAUGAAAGGGAAAUCUGUAGAUCAGCAAUUUGAUGCUGAAAUUAAACUAAGUGGAAAAAUGGAACUCCUCUAUAAUAUUCUUCAGGAGAUCAAACAGCAAGGACAAAGAGUCCUCAUUCUUUUUCGGUGUCUUGGUCGCUCGGGUGUUAUAUCUGUUGGGGAUAUCUUGGAUGAUAUUGUUUAUCGGAUAUUUGGUGAGGAUUCUUAUACGCGCAUUAGUGAGAAUUUUAAUCCUAGAAUGAAGGAAGCUGCCUUUAACAAGUUCAACAAUAAGGGAAGUGGGAAGUUCGCUGUUUUGAUGGAAACCCGUGCUUGUAGUUCCAGUGUCAAGCUUUUGGGAAUAGAUAUUGUUGUUUUGUUUAACAGUGACUGGGACCCAAAUAAUGAUUUAAGAUACCUGCAGAAGAUCUCAGUAUAUUCACAGUUGGAGCAUAUAAAGUUACUCCGUCUAUAUUCAUGUUUUACUGUUGAAGAGAAAGCACUAAUUCUUGCAAAGCAAGGUCUGACAAUUGACAGUACUAUAGAGAAUGUAAAACAGGCAGCUUGCCGUGAGCUGCUAACUUGGGGUGCCUCUUAUCUUUUCAAUAUGCAUGAUUGUUUCCAUGUACAAUCUUCAAUCUCAAAGAGAUUAUCUGAAGUUGCUGCUUUAGAUGAUGUCUUCACUGAAUUUUUAGGCCUAAUGUCUAGUAACUGUGAGAACAGUGAUUAUAACAGCUGUUCAAAGAUAUUGAAAGUACAGCAGAAUGGAGGGACUUAUACAAGUAAAAUAUCUCUACUUGGUGAACUGGAAUUGCAACGAAUGAAUGAUGAUUCUUAUUUAGUGAGAGGAUUGUUGGAGAAUGAAUCUCCCCAGGUUUUCUGGACAAAUCUGCUGUGUGGAAGGGUUCCUAGGUGGAAACACUUGCCGAGUCCAUCAGGAGGGGUUCGAAGGAAAGUUAGAUUCCAGGGUGAUUUGUAUCAGCCAUCUAAAGGGGAACAAGUUUCUGAAAAAGAGGGAAAUAAAGUUCAUCUUACUCCAGUGCGCAAGUUAAGGACGAAAAGGAAAUUGCAUGUUCAGGGAAAGAGACACAAACUUGGGACGUCUCAUUUUUCUGAUGGUAAUAAGCAUAAAUUCAGGCGUCUUGCUACUGACAAGGUUCAGUCCCAAGUUUGCUCAACCAUGGUUGAUCAGCAUCCAAGCGAAAUUAGUUCAAUGCAAUCGAAUCAGCCGCCGGAUGCCAAUACGUCCGCCUCUACUCACCGUGAUCAAGCUCAUCAAUUUGUGCCCACUGACCUUCAGUUGGAGGAUUCGAAUUGGCCAAUAGAUUCUUCUAUUCAGCAGUCUACAGGAAAUUUGCCACUGCAACAAAACACGAGUAUUGAUGCAGUAAACGGUUCAAGUAUGAGAAGCAGAAACAACCACGAAGAUCAAUGCCGUCCUGAUGCCUCUCCAAAUACACCUAAUCUGUCUCAAUCCCCUUACGUACAGCCACUUCAAACAGAGAUGGAGAGGAUACAAAAGGAGAGAGGACACAUUAAUAAAUUGCACGAAGAUAGGAAAUUGUUGCUGAAAUCUGAAUUUGAGAAAGAACUAGAUUUGUUAAAGAAGAAGUAUGAUUUGCUGCAUCAGAUUGCUGAAAUGGACUUUGCUCGAAAGCAAAAAGAACUUGAUACGAUCUAUGACAAAGUGCAUGUGCAUAAAUUACUAGCUGAAGCUAUGACACAAGUAGAAGAUACUGCUGAUACAUUUGAUGUUGUUGGGAAGACUAUUACCGGAACUGGACAAUCAUCACCAAACAGACCAAGUAGUGUCCCAGCAAUGACUGCAUCCAUCUCAGAACCUGUCAACUCAGAGCACCCACCUGCUGAUCCUCAAAUAUCCUCUGAGAAUUUUCCAAUGGCUGCUAUUCCAUCUCCAAAUGCUGAAUUUCCUAGAAUGGAAGAGUCAGCUGUAGUUCCGCGGACAAGUGCAAGGGCCACUCUGCAAACGGAAUCCUCUGCUAAUCUGCCAAGAAGUGGUUCACAUGUGAGCAUGACCCCAACACCAAACUAUCAGUCCGUCAUCCUUACUCCAUCAACUAGCUUUCCAUGUCAACGCUCGAUUCAAACAUUGAGUUAUGCAAAGAACCCUGGAGCAGGCUGUGAACAACGGAGACCCGCUCCGCAUCUGAGACCAUUUAGACCACUGCCAACAAUGAAUUCUUGCAAUUCCAGCCUGUUGCCCAAGAACUCAGUGCACAAUGAAGAUGUUGUUGGGAGGACUAUUGCCGGAACUGGACAAUCAUCACCAAACAUACGAAGUAGUAUCCCGGCAAUGAUUGCAUCCAUCUCAGAACCUGUCAACUCAGAGCACCGAGCUGCUGAUCCUCAAAUAUCCUUUGAGAAUUUUCCAAUGGCUGCCAUUCCAUCUCCGAAUGCUGAAUUUCCUAGAGUGGAAGAGUCAGCUGUAGUUCCGCGGACAAGUGCAAGGGCCACUCUGCAAACGGAAUCCUUUGCUAAUCUGCCAACAAGUGGCUCACAUAUCAGUGUGACCCCAACUCUAAACUAUCAGUCCGUCAUCCUUACACCAUCAACAAGCUUUCCAAGCCAACUCCCUAUUCAAACUUUGAGUUAUGCGGCGAACCCUGGAGCAGGCUGUGAACAACGGAGAUCAGCUCCUUAUCUGAGACCUUUUAGAGCACUGCCAACAAUGAAUUCUUGCAAUUCCAGCCUGUUUCCCAACAACUUAGUGCACAAUGAAGGUGAUGAAACUUCUCAUUGGUAUGACCAAAUAGGAUUUUGAUUAUUCAAUGUGUGGUAGACUGCCAGCAGGAACUUGAUCAUUUUGCUCUAUGCAAAGUGCUAGUAUUAGGUUUUUGACUGAUAUCUAGAAUAGUGAAUUACAGAUCAGGCUUGUCAAAUUUCUAGGAACUCUAGGCAGUGGACAACAUUCUCUUUUAGGUGCUUUGAACUUAGUCGCCUGAGACCAUUCGUUGCAUAUAGUUGUAGUAUACAGGUAAGUGUUUUUGGCCUUUCACCCAUUUGUUUCGAAACUUUGGCGUCAUGCCUAUUGAAUAUUUGGUAUAAUGGGCAUGAAAUUGCCUAUUUUGUACAAACUUUUGAAGAUAUGCUGUCAGAAAUAGCAUUAGCUUUGAUGAA